CUGCGCACGCCCGGCGCGGCCGCCGUGCCCGCAUGGAGGAGGAGGAGGACGAGGAUGGAGGCCAGGGAGCCGCGGGGGCUCCGGAGCGGUCCGGGCGCUUCGUGCGCUGCCUCUACGUGGUGGGAUUCCUGGAUUUAUUUGGGGUGAGCAUGGUUGUUCCUUUAAUGAAUCUUCAUAUCAAAUCUCUAGGAGCAAGUCAUACAGUGGCUGGAAUAAUAGGAUCUCUCUAUGGUAUAAUGCAACUGUUUUCCAGCACAUUUGUGGGCUGCUGGAGUGAUAUAGUAGGAAGACAGUAUUCCUUGCUUGCUUGUAUUCUUCUCAGUGCACUGGGUUACUUCCUUCUUGGAACAUCCACCACUGUGUUGCUGUUUGCCAUUUCUAGAGUCCCUGUAGGUAUUUUCAAACACACGCUCUCUAUCUCUAAAGCCCUGCUUUCUGACUUGGUUUCGGAGAGAGACCGCCCUUUGGUAAUGGGACGCUUCAAUGCAGCCUCUAGUGUGGGCUUCAUUCUGGGGCCUGUGGUUGGUGGCUACCUUGCAGAGUUGGAAGGUGGCUUUUAUCAAACAUCCUUCAUCUGUGCCUCUAUCUUCCUUCUGAACGGUGGUCUUGUCUGGAUGUUACCUUGGAAUGAAGAAAACACUGGCAACCGGAAACAUCAUCAAGACAAAGGAACAAAUAGUUUCGCAGCAAAAGCAAAUCAUGACCUGCACUUCAAAUCAGCAGCUAAUAGAGCUGUGACAAACAAUAAUGUUUUCCAGUCUCCGUGGAUCCAAGUUGCAACAGUGUUGAAGAAGAUUAAAGAGAUUGCAUGCUCUAACUUGUGGGAUAUAUUUUUAGUGCGGUUUCUGAUGUCUGUGGCUAUACUGCUGUACUAUAGCAAUUUCACUCUGGCCUUGGAGGAGAGAUUUGGAGUGAAACCACUGUUUUCUGGAUACUUAACAAGCUAUAGCAGUGCACUUGGAGUCCUGGCUGGUUGUCUGCUCGGACCAAUAACAAGGCUCUAUCAGCAUAACACUUACAGAGUUCUGUUGCACUCCAGCACUUUCACCUGUAUGCUGAUUCUCCUGUAUGCAUCAGCAUUGAACAUAUGGAUGGUCAUUUUGUCUUCCACAUUCUUAGCCUUUUCAACUACUAUAGGUCGUACUUGUAUCAUUGAUCUUGAAUUGACCAUUGGUGGGAAUGAGGCCAGUGGCACACUUCUAGGUGUUGGACAGUCUGUGACAUCAGUGGGACGUAUAAUUGCCCCACUCCUUUCUGGAAUUGCGCAGGAGUUCAGUCCUUGUGGCCCUCCAAGUCUAGCUGUUGGACUAGCUUUAGUAGCUAUUCUGAUAAUGAACGCAAACAAACAAAAAUACUGUAGUCAUGGAAAUGUGAAGUUAAAAAAUCAGUAGGCACAAUUUUGGAUUGCAUAGAUGUAUCUUCACCUGCCAGGCUUGUACAGUGCUUACAUGAUCUUUUAAGAGAGCACACUGUGUUCAUGUGGAGGCAAGUAUUUCUGCUGCAGGGUGCUGAUCUACGGGGAAGCCGUACAACAGGUUUGUAAAAACAAAGGAGGACAAUGCUGGUUUUCUGUUAACUCUAGAUAAAUGUUAUUCUAACUGGUACCACUAGAACAUUUGUAAGGGGGACCAGUGUUGCUAUGUUGCUGUAUUGUACUGCCUGUGAUUUUUUUUUUUAAAUGGAUUUUUAACCCUUUUUGAGGGGGAAAAAAGAAUGUCACGAAAUGCACGAAUCCUGCUUGUAGCUCAUAUUUUAAACAGUGUUUAGAUUGAGGGACUGUUAAAAUACAAAAAUUGAUUCUUAUUAUUUAAUCAAAGGUGGAUAUUUGUUAUUUAAUCAGAAGGAGAAUUUGCAAUAUGCUUGUUGGCCUUAAUUUCUUAUGCUGUGGUCAAUUGCCAUUUGUCUUCUGUGACAGUAGCUCAGUUAAUAAGGUGUUUGCUUAUGUGAUUUUUUUGAAGCAUACUUUGUCUACAAAACUUGCUGCACACCAUGAUCAGGCACUUUGGGAUAGUCAUCCAACCCCUGCUGAUUCCUGGUCUUUCCCAGGUAACAGAACUGGGUAUAUGCUAACUUCGUGUAUUAGAAGACCUAAAGUGGACAAUUUUAAAAUUAUACAAGCCGAUUCAGACUGAAA